CACUGAAGGUCAAUAAAGCAGCUAUUCAUCCUGACAGCUCAGACACAAUCAACUGGACGAUGGCCGUUGAUCAACGCUUCAUAAUCAGUGCCCGCAUUAUCGGAGCCGUCCACAGGGACACACCAAAACUGAAGAUGUUCAUGAUAUCUGUGUUGUGGUCUGACGAGACUGAAGUUAUUGUCUACAGGUCCUUCAAGGAUUUCAAGAAAUUUCAUAGGCAGCUGAAAAAGAGGUUCCCUCACCUGAACCCUUUCAGGAAAAACGACAGAGUGAUCCCAAAAUUUACAGGGCAAGUCAGGAGGAACAGCCUCCAGAAGAAAGGAUCCAAGCGAUCUGUCCAACGGAUGAAGUUCCUGGAGAGCUACUGUGACAAGCUGUUGAAGUGCGACCAAACUGUGACUCAGAGCUCAGAGGUGGCUCAGUUCUUUAUGCCCAAAGAACAGGACCUGCAGCCAGACUUCACCAAGAACAGCAUCAUGAUCCUGCUGUCUGAUGGCUCAGGUGGAGGAGGGGGUGAUGUGACUCGCCAGCAUGCAGGCAGCAUCACUCACCCGUUUGUCACCCAGACUUACCGCUGCGUGGCCGCUUACGAGACAAAGGAUACCAAGAACCGUCCGUUUAAGGUCGCUGUGGACGAGAAGCUGGAUGUCCUGAUCAAAGACUCUGCAGGUUGGUGGCUGGUGGAGAACGAAAAUAAGCUUUUGGCUUGGUUUCCUGCUCCUUACCUGGAGUUAUGUGAAGGAGAGGAUGAUGAUGAUGCUGGUUUCCAGCUUGCAGGUGUGUGUGCCCUGUACUGUGCCGUGAGGAGUUACUCUACUAAGAAGGAUGACGAGGUGUCUGUGCCCAUUGGCACUGUGGUGGAGGUGCUGAGGAAGUCUGACAACGGCUGGUGGCUCAUCAGGUUCAAUGGCAAAUCAGGUUACAUCCCCUCCAUGAACCUGCAACCAUACAACAACCCACGGGCAGGCCUUUACAGCCUGCAGAAAAAGCUGCACAGCUCCACUCUGAACCUGGCAACCAGCAGGGAACCUCAGGCUCCUCGUCCAUCCGGCAUCAACGAAGAAAAUAGUCCACAACGGGAUUCUGCAGGUCAGUCCAGAGGAGAGCCCAGUCUGCCAGGGCGUCUCCACAAGGCCCGAUCUCUGGAUGUUCUCUCUGAGACCUGGUCACAAACGCCGACGGAGAGGGAAGCCUCAACCUCAGAAGGCCGCGCACGCAGCUUGAGCAACACAAGCACUGAGAUCAGCUUCUCAGACUUCUCCUCAGGCAGCGAAUCAUCAAGUCCAACAGUCAGUCCUUCAGCCUCACCUCAGCCUGGUGUCAGUGACAGUGGGAUCAGCAUUCCUGAUCUCAGCCUCUGCGACCGCCGAGGCUCCAACACUAGCUCUGACAGCUCUGGAUCUUUAAGCUCCAAAGGAAGUGAGACGGCUUCAGUGUUUCCCAGGAUGCCACCCAGACCAAAAACAGAGGAGAUCCUGACCCGCUGCACCACCAUGACCCGCAAGGCAGCCCUGGCUACCAAGACCCGGCUUCAGAUUCAGCCAGAGUCCAUCCACAGCCGCUAG